UACUGACACCGCUACAACGUGUUUUUAUCGCUGGCUGUCCAGACGGAAGGUGCUGAAACGCUUUGUCGCGUGUCUGGAAGAAGUGAAAACUUUCCUGGGCAGCAAAGGGCUCACCUUUCCUGAGCUGGAACAGCCAGAGUGGCUGGAAAAGCUACACUUCAUGGUAGACAUGACAGCGCACCUGAACACGCUGAACACAGCUCUUCAGGGGAAAGGACGCACAGCCCUGCACAUGUUGGAGGAUGUUUUGGCAUUCGAGCGCAAGUUGACGUUGCUUGCCAGAGAUUUACAGAAAGGCACUUUGUCUCACUUCCCCAAUUUGAGAGAGUUCAAACAAGGUCACGACAUGAUAAUUUCGGAGUAUUUACAUUCUGCAAUCAUCGCAAUGCAAACAUCGUUUGGGAAACGCUUCUGUGAGUUCAGAGAGGAAAAAAACACAUUAUCCUUCCCGGUCACUCCCUUAAGCAUCGAUCCUUCCCUACUGAAUACGACUGCAUUGGCAGGUGUGAGUCAACCUGAUCUUGAGAUGGAACUGGCCGACAUAGCCGACAAAGACAUAUGGGUGUCCAAGUUUAGACGCUUGACAGCAGACCUUGAAGAUGUUGCCCGUCAGAAGGCCGUUCUUGCUCAGAAACACAAAUGGAGUGAUAUUGAAAACCUUCUAAAACCGGACAAACUUGUGUUCGAAACAUGGAAUGCUAUGCCCGACAUUUAUGUAAACAUUAAAAAGUAUGCGCUUUGAGUCCUGUCGAUCUUUGGAUCCACAUAUGUAAGUGAGCAGGUGUUCUCCAACAUGAACUUUAUUAAAAACAAACAUCGCGCACGCCUCACAGAUGACAGCUUGCGAUCCUGUGUAAAGAUGAAGGUGACGUCAUACAGCCCUGAUGUGCAGACGCUGUGCGCUGAGGUCCAGGAGCAGAAAUCCCAUUAACCAAGCUGACAGCUGGCUGAUGUUAUUUUUGGUUUGCUGCUGGCGGAAAAUUUAAGUUCGGCGUUUUUCAUAAAUACAAGAAG